CUUAAAAUAGUGCAAUAUUGAUUUCAAAAUUCUUUAUAUUACAAAACAGGAGUCGUAGUUUAUUCGUUGUUUGUAAAAGAAAGAUUAUACAAAAUGUCUCUGUAUCCAACUCUUGAGGAUAUGAAGGUGGAUCACAUGAUGAAGGCUCAACUGCAAGUAGAGUCACAAUAUAAUGUUUUCCCUGUGUUACAAGAACAAAAUGUACCAUCUGCGCCCCCAUAUAAUCCAUCUACUAUAUUAUAUCCUCAAUUAGGAGAUUACAUGGGAUUGGAACUUACAGAAGAAGUAAUUGCACAAAAUAUGCCUGAAUACUCCCUUGUGAACCGUACAAGUAUGACAGUUAGCAUACCUGCAACGUCAGGACCAUUAGCAGGCAUGGUUGCACCAUUAUCUGGCCAAUCUUUAGGAUUACAAAGAGCACAGGUUACAAAUGGCAUACGGGAGUUAAUAUUAUGCAAAGACAAAGAUGGUAAAAUCGGUUUGAGAGUACAUGCUGUAAACAAUGGUAUUUUUGUAUGCCUUGUGAAUCAAAAUUCGCCAGCUGCUCUCGCUGGUUUACGAUUCGGCGAUCAAAUUUUAAGUAUUAACGACGUUUCCGUCGCGGGAUGCACAAUGGAACAAGUUCACAAAAUGUUGCGAAAUGCAGACAUUAACGGCAUCAGAGUAGUAAUACGCGAUAGACCAUUCGAACGCACAAUAACUAUGCACAAAGACAGCUCAGGAUAUAUCGGAUUUCAGUUUAAAAACGGAAAGAUAAUUGCCCUAGUAAAAGAUUCUUCAGCUGCUCGGAAUGGACUGUUAACGGAUCACCAGUUAUUAGAAAUCAAUGGAAAGAAUGUUAUUGGGCUAAAAGAUAAGGAAAUUACGACGGAGAUUGAAAAUGGCGGAAAUAUUAUCACCGUAACGAUUGUUCCAUCGUAUAUUUACGAACACAUGGUUAAGAAAAUGAAUACGGGUUUAUUGAAAACGUUCAUGGAUCAUUCAGUUCCAGACGUUUAAGUUGAAAUAUGUAAGUGUAUUUGAACUGAUUGAAGAGAUUCUCAACUUCUACCAUGUAUUUUAAGAUUCUGAAAAUUUGCAUUUGAUAUCUUACUAUUUUAAUAAUAGAAAAAUUACUCUACAGUAGCCGUAAGUGUUGUUCAGUUGUUCAAAUAUUCAUCAGAUAACUUUAGAACGAGUAUAAACUAUUUUUUUAUGGAAGAAAUUAAUAAGAAUAGUUGAGGUCUCAAAUUUUCCGCAUACGUUUAUGCAUUUAUUUUCUAAUAUGCACAAAUAUCCAUGACCCAUCGAUAUUGAAUAUUUAUCAAUAUAUUAUAG